UCAACCACGAUUAUAUUGACCUCAUUUUCCACCCAACCAAACACCUGCUAGUUCAUCCUGAACCCCUUUCCCUCAGUUCCUAAAUUCUUUGUUUUUGGGGGAGAAAACAUGUUUGCAGCAGAGGCAGCUCUAUCUGCAUUCCUUGAGGCUGUGUUUACCAAAUUUCUCUCCCCACAGCUGUGGAGUUAUGCCCGCUUCCUUGAGGUUGAUUCAACUUUUGAAGAGUGGAGGAAAACUCUGUUGGGCAUUGAAGCAGUUCUAAAUGAUGCUGAGGAGAAGCAUAUAAGGGAGAAAGGAGUGAAAGUUUGGUUGGAUGAUCUCAAGGCUUUGGCCUACGACAUGGAAGAUGUACUGGACGAGUUUGAUACUGAAGCUAAACAACCAAAGCCUAUGGGUGGACCUCAAAUCACCAUCACUAAGGUACAAAAGCUCAUCCCAACUUGUUGUUCUAGUUCUGGUUCUGGCGCUCUCAUACUUAAUGAAAACAUGAAUAGAACUAUCAAGAGAAUUACAAAGGAGUUAGAGGCUAUUGCAAAACGAAAAUUUGACCUCCCUUUGAGGGAAGAUGUUAGAGGGCUCUCAAAUGCCACCGAGAGGAAGUUACAGACCACUUCCUCAGUGGACGGGUCUGGAAUUUAUGGUAGGGAUUCUGACAAGGAGAAGAUUAUUGAAUUAUUGCUUUCAGAUGAAAAAACUAGGGAUAGUAAAAUUUCUGUGAUUCCCAUUGUUGGUAUGGGUGGGAUUGGUAAGACAACCUUGGCUCAGAUGAUUUAUAAUGAUGAGAGGGUGAAGAACCAUUUUGAGAUGGGGAUUUGGGCUUGUGUCUCGGAUCAAUUUGAUGUCACAAGAAUAACCAAGGCAGUUCUAGAAUCGGUGACUAAAACAUCUUAUGACAUCAAGAACUUGGAAUUGUUACAAGAUAGUUUGAAGAAUGAAUUGAAGGGGAAAAAGUUUUUUCUGGUUUUAGACGACGUGUGGAAUGAAAAUUACCAUAACUGGGAUGUCUUACAAGUACCUUUCAAGGUUGGAGCUCAAGGCAGUGCCAUCAUUGUAACCACCCGUAAUGAGGAAGUCGCAUAUCUCAUGUCCACCCUUCCUUCUCAUCACCUUGGUGAGCUAUCUUCAGAAGAAUGUUGGUUACUGUUUGCACAACAUGCGUUUGCAAACAUAAAUUCAGACGUGCGCAGAAGCCUGGAACCAAUUGGGAGGAAGAUAGCGAGGAAAUGCAAAGGAUUGCCCUUGGCAGCGAAGACAUUGGGAGGUCUAUUGCGUUCUAAACAAGAUAGUGAAGCUUGGAAUGAUGUAUUGAAUUGCAAAAUAUGGGCUUUACCAAAGGAGAAGAGUGGAAUUCUUCCAUCUUUAAGAUUAAGCUAUCAUUAUCUUCCCACACAAUUGAAGCGAUGUUUUGCAUAUUGUUCCAUAUUUCCCAAGGAUUAUGAAUAUGAAAAGCAGAAGUUGGUGUUAUUAUGGAUGGCAGAAGGUUUACUGGAUGACUCUGGCAGUGGGGAAACCAUGGAGAAGGUCGGUGACAUGUGUUUCCGCAAUCUGUUAAUGAGAUCAUUCUUUCAACAAUCUGGUCGUGAUAAAUCUCUUUACUUGAUGCAUGAAUUAAUGCAUGAGUUAUCGCAAUUUGUAUCUGGAGAAUUUUGUCUCAGAAUGGAGGCUGGAAAGCACCAAAAAAAUCCUGAAAAGGUUCGACAUUCAUCAUACCUUCGUGAAACAUAUGACGGCUCUGAGAAGUUUGAUUUCCUUCGUGAAGCUUAUAAUUUGCGGACUUUCUUACCAUUAAAUAUGUCUUUUGAAGUUGAAGCUUGCUACUUAACUCAUAAGGUACUAGUUCAUAUGUUGCCAACACUAAAGUGUUUGAGGGUUCUAUCCUUGUCACACUAUCAGAUCACUGACUUGCCUGAUUCAAUUGGAAAUCUAAGGCAUCUACGCUACCUUGAUAUAUCUUACACUGCAAUCAAAAAAAUAUCUGAAUCAGUAAGCACACUUGUGAAUUUGCAAACACUGGUACUGUCACACUGCUAUCAUAUGAAUGAGCUGCCUAAAAACAUGGGGAAUCUGAUCAAUCUGCGUCACCUCGAGAACAGCGGAACUUCUUUGAAAGGGAUGCCAAUGGAAAUGAAAAAAUUAAAAAACCUCCAAACUUUGUCUGCCUUUGUUGUGGGCAAGCAUUAUGGGUCAAGUAUCAGAGAGUUGAGAGACCUCUUCUGCCUUGGGGGAACACUUUCAAUUUUAAACUUGGAGAAUGUGGUUGAUGCUGUGGAUGCCAGGGAAGCCAAUGUAAAGGAUAAGAAGAACCUUGAUGAGUUAGUGCUGAAAUGGAAAGAUAAUGACAACAAUAUUGCAGUUGAUUCGCAAAAUGAAGCAAGUGUACUUGAACAUCUCCAGCCUCAUAAAAAGUUGAAAAAGCUUACGAUUGAUUGCUACAGUGGUUCAAACUUUCCAGAUUGGUUAGGGGAACCUUCAUUCACGAAUAUGGUGUUCUUACAUCUCAGCAAAUGUAAAAACUGCCCUUACUUGCCUCCACUUGGGCAACUUCCUAAUCUUAAAAGCCUCUCUGUUGUGCAUUUUGAUGCAGUAAAGAGGGUGGGUGCGGAGUUUUAUGGCAAUGAUUCUUCUUCAGCAAAGCCUUUUGGAUCACUAGAGACUCUAAUGUUUGAGGAGAUGCCGGAAUGGGAGGAAUGGGUUCCUUUACGAAUUCAAGGUGAAGAAUUCCCUUGUCUCCAAAAACUCUGUAUUCGAAAAUGCCCCAAACUGACUAGGGACUUACCCUGUCGCCUGUCUUCUUUAAGACAACUUGAGAUUUCUGAAUGCAGGCAGCUAGUGGUGUCACUUCCAACAGUUCCCUCCAUUUGUGAAGUAAAGUUGCAUGAAUGUGAUAACGUGGUGCUUGAAAGUGCCUUUCACUUAACCUCAGUUUCUUCCUUGUCUGCAAGCAAAAUUUUUAACAUGACACACUUACCUGGAGGUCAGAUCACCACUUCUUCCAUACAAGUCGGAUUGCAACACCUUCGUUCUCUAGUAGAGUUACAUCUUUGCAACUGCCCACGGCUAAAGGAAUUGCCCCCCAUUUUACACAUGCUCACAUCCCUUAAGCGGUUAGAGAUAAGGCAAUGUCCAAGUCUCUAUUCACUUCCAGAGAUGGGGCUGCCAUCCAUGCUUGAAAGGCUAGAAAUCGGUGGAUGCGACAUUCUACAGUCUCUACCUGAGGGAAUGACGUUCAACAAUGCCCAUCUCCAAGAAUUGUAUAUCAGAAAUUGUUCUUCUCUCCGGACCUUUCCUAGAGUUGGUUCAUUGAAAACACUAUCUAUCUCCAAGUGUAGAAAACUAGAGUUCCCUCUUCCUGAGGAGAUGGCUCACAACUCCUAUGCAUCCCUUGAAACCUUCUGGAUGACAAAUAGUUGUGAUUCUCUCAGAUCCUUUCCAUUAGGCUUCUUCACUAAGCUUAAGUAUCUUAAUAUCUGGAAUUGUGAGAAUUUGGAGUCCCUUGCAAUCCCAGAGGGACUUCACCAUGAAGAUCUCACCUCUCUUGAGACCUUACACAUCUGUAAUUGUCCUAAUUUUGUCUCUUUUCCCCAAGGAGGAUUGCCCACCCCCAACCUGAGAUUCUUUCGAGUUUUCAAUUGUGAGAAGCUCAAGUCACUGCCCCACCAGUUGCAUACACAGCUCCCAUCCCUUGAGGUAAUGGUGUUAUACAAAUGUCCAGAAGUAGUUUCAUUUCCAGAAGGAGGGUUACCGCCUAACCUCUCUUUUCUCGAGAUCUCAUAUUGCAACAAACUCAUAGCUUGUCGGACGGAGUGGCGAUUGCAAAGACACCCUUCUCUUGAAACUUUUACCAUCAGGGGAGGAUUUAAAGAAGAGGAUAGAUUGGAGUCAUUUCCUGAAGAGGGACUGCUGCCCUCUACUCUGACAUCUCUCAGAAUAUGCAAUCUUCCAAUGAAGUCAUUGGGCAAGGAGGGGCUUCGGCGCCUUACCUCUCUUAAAAGCCUGGAGAUCUACAGCUGUCCUGACAUCAAGUCCUUCCCUCAAGACGGGCUGCCUAUCUGCCUCUCGUUUCUUACCAUUAACCACUGUCGUCGGUUGAAAAAGGGAUGCCAAAGAGAUAAAGGGAAAGAAUGGCACAAAAUUGCUCAUAUCCCCUGCAUUGAGAUUGAUGAUGAAGUCAUUGUCUUGUGAGCCAUAGCAUUGAUAAUGAAUCAUUUUCUUCUUACUGGUUGAAGUUUCAGAUUGUUACUUAUGCAUCGGUCAGAUGACUUCCUCGAUUUGAAUAAGGAUGGUCAACAAAUAUGCAAUCAAAUAUGAGUUGUGAAGACCAUACAAUCAGAAGAUGGAAAAGCUAAUCCAUGUUGGAACAUCGGUAUCCUUUCAGCUCAGUGGAUUCUCUGCUCAGUCCAUCUUUCGAGUUAUGGUCAUCGCUCAUAAUCCACCCAUUGUGCAAGUGUGGCCGGGCUCUGUAGGAAGGUGCAUGCUUCUGUAUUACCAUCAUAGGAGAAAUCAGGAUCCAUCCCAGAUGCUCAAGCAAGACUGAAAAUCCUACUACAAGUUCACAUUCAAGGGAAGGAUAUGCUCAGUUGGUCCGGCCUUGGGCUUACUUCCCAAUGGUCAUCAGUUUGAGUCUCCUCAGGGCCACUGGAGGUUUACCCGGUUGUUAACUUCCCCAUGAGAAUAGUCGAGGUAUGCAAAAGCUGGGCCGGACAUCCAUGUUUAUCAAAAAAAAAAAAGAGGAAAGAUAUGCAAUUCACUUCUUUUUUUCUUCACAAAUAUGUAGUUUGUUUUCCAACCCCAAUUACAAAUAACAAUCAAUGGCAAUCAAUGGUGUUUAGGCGUA